AUGCGCGGCGGCGAGCCAAUGGCCUUCGGAGUCAGCGAGGCCUUCCCCCUCGCUAUGUUCCAUCAUGCGAAGGUUCCAAGUGACCUUCAACAUGAGCAUCUGAAGGACAUGGCCACAAUCAUACUGGUCGACUCGGUUGUGAAUACUGGAAAAUCAAUAUUGCAGUUCGUGCAACAUAUCAGGAGUCUCAAUGCAACCAUUCGCAUUGUAGUGGUUGCUGGUGUUAUUCACUCGCAAGCUGUUUUCACAAGCAGAAUUGCUCGGGCACUCGGUCGAUUUGACGGACUGUCCUUUGUCGCUCUUCGCCUUUCGGACAACCAAUUCACCGGAAGAGGGACUACCGAUACUGGUAAUAGAUUGUUCAACACAGUGCAUAUGGGUUGA